UCGCGAGAUUUCUCGCCUUCACGGGAUCUCAAGCCGAAACCUCGCGGCCUCUCAGACGAGGGUGGGUUAGCAGGGGCAGCUCCCAACCCCCGUCCCGGACCUACACAACACCUGGACCCCUGGCCCACCCCGGCCGUCACCGAGAACGGUCCCCCAGAGUGCCUAGGUUCUUCCGGAGCCCGACCGGAUCCGGAAGCUUCUGGGAGCGAGGGGGUGGGACCGAAAAAAAAAAAUCAAAAAAAGCGCGGCGAAAGCUAAAGGCCGGCGCAGGCUGGGAGGUGGUGGUCCCCAAGCCGGGCCGCGGCCGGUGCGAUGGACUCUACUGCCUGCUUGAAGUCCUUGCUCCUGACUAUCAGUCAGUACAAAGCCGUGAAGUCAGAGGCGAACGCCACUCAGCUUUUACGGCACUUGGAGGUAAUUUCUGGACAGAAACUCACACGACUGUUUACAUCAAAUCAGAUAUUAACAAGUGAAUGCUUGAGUUGCCUUGUAGAGCUACUUGAAGACCCCAACAUAAGUGCUUCACUGAUCUUAAGUAUUAUUGGUUUGCUGUCUCAACUAGCUGUAGACAAUGAAACCAGAGAUUGUCUUCAGAAUACAUAUAAUCUGAAUAGCGUGCUGGCGGGAGUGGUUUGUCGGAGCAGCCACACUGAUUCGGUGUUUUUGCAGUGCAUUCAACUUCUACAGAAGUUAACAUAUAAUGUCAAAAUUUUCUAUUCUGGUGCCAAUAUAGAUGAAUUAAUUACCUUCCUGAUAGAUCACAUUCAAUCUUCUGAAGAUGAGUUAAAAAUGCCUUGUCUAGGAUUAUUGGCAAAUCUUUGUCGGCACAAUCUUUCUGUUCAAACACACAUAAAGACAUUGAGUAAUGUGAAGUCUUUUUAUCGAACUCUUAUCACCUUGUUGGCCCAUAGCAGUUUAACUGUGGUUGUGUUUGCACUUUCAAUAUUAUCCAGUUUGACAUUAAAUGAAGAGGUGGGGGAAAAGCUAUUCCAUGGUCGAAAUAUUCAUCAGACUUUUCAACUAAUAUUUAAUAUUCUCAUAAACGGUGAUGGCACUCUAACUAGAAAGUAUUCAGUUGACCUACUGAUGGAUCUCCUUAAGAAUCCUAAAAUUGCUGAUUAUCUCACCAGAUAUGAGCACUUUUCUUCAUGUCUUAAUCAAGUAUUAGGUCUUCUUAAUGGAAAGGAUCCUGAUUCCUCUUCAAAGGUUUUAGAAUUACUUCUUGCCUUCUGUUCAGUGACUCAGCUGCGCCAUGUGCUCACUCAAAUGAUGUUUGAACAGUCUCCACCUGGCAGCGCCACUCUGGGAAGCCAUACUAAAUGUUUAGAACCUACUGUGGCUUUACUGCGCUGGUUAAGCCAGCCUUUGGACGGAUCAGAAAACUGUUCUGUUUUAGCAUUGGAGUUGUUCAAGGAAAUAUUUGAGGAUGUCAUAGAUGCUGCUAACUGUUCCUCGGCUGAUCGUUUUGUCACCCUUCUGCUGCCUACAAUCCUUGAUCAACUUCAGUUCACAGAACAAAAUCUGGAUGAGGCUUUAAUAAGAAAAAAAUGUGAAAGGAUUGCCAAGGCCAUUGAAGUUUUGUUAACUCUCUGUGGAGAUGAUACACUAAAAAUGCACAUUGCAAAAAUCCUGACAACUGUCAAGUGUACCACUCUUAUAGAACAACAGUUUACAUAUGGCAAGAUUGACCUGGGGUUUGGAACAAAGGUUGCAGAUUCAGAAUUAUGCAAACUUGCUGCUGAUGUAAUUUUGAAAACUCUUGAUUUGAUUAACAAACUUAAACCUUUGGUUCCUGGUAUGGAAGUAAGCUUCUACAAAAUCCUUCAGGACCCACGUUUGAUUACUCCUUUGGCUUUUGCUUUAACGUCAGAUAAUAGAGAACAAGUACAGUCUGGACUGAGAAUAUUAUUGGAAGCUGCUCCACUGCCGGAUUUUCCUGCUUUAGUACUUGGAGAAAGUAUAGCAGCAAAUAAUGCCUAUAGACAACAGGAAACAGAACAUAUACCCAGAAAAAUGCCCUGGCAAUCAUCAAAUCACAGUUUUCCUACAUCAGUAAAGUGUUUAACUCCUCCUCAUUUGAAAGAUGGUGUUCCUGGAUUGAAUAUUGAAGAAUUAAUAGAGAAACUUCAGUCUGGAAUGGUGGUAAAGGAUCAGAUUUGUGAUGUGAGAAUAUCUGACAUAAUGGAUGUAUAUGAAAUGAAACUAUCCACAUUAGCUUCCAAAGAAAGCAGGCUACAAGAUCUUUUGGAAACAAAAGCUCUAGCCCUUGCACAGGCUGAUAGACUGAUUGCUCAGCAUCGCUGUCAAAGAACUCAAGCUGAAACAGAGGCACGGACACUUGCUAGUAUGUUGAGAGAAGUUGAGAAAAAAAAUGAAGAGCUUAGUGUGUUGCUGAAGGCACAGCAAGUUGAAUCAGAAAGAGCCCAGAGUGAUAUUGAGCAUCUCUUUCAACAUAAUAGGAAGUUAGAGUCUGUGGCUGAAGAGCAUGAAAUACUGACAAAAUCCUACAUGGAACUUCUUCAGAGAAAUGAAAGUACUGAAAAGAAGAAUAAAGAUUUACAGAUCACAUGUGAUUCUCUGAAUAAACACAUUGAGACAGUGAAAAAGUUGAAUGAGUCACUCAAGGAACAAAAUGAAAAAAGUAUUGCCCAAUUAAUAGAGAAAGAAGAACAGAGAAAAGAAGUACAGAAUCAGCUAGUAGACAGAGAACAUAAGCUAGCAAAUUUGCAUCAGAAAACAAAAGUACAAGAAGAAAAGAUUAAAACCUUACAAAAGGAAAGGGAAGAUAAGGAAGAAACCAUUGCUAUCCUUAGAAAAGAAUUAAGCAGAACAGAACAGAUAAGAAAAGAGCUGAGCAUUAAGGCUUCCUCCCUAGAGGUUCAAAAGGCACAAUUAGAAGGUCGUUUGGAAGAGAAAGAGUCCUUGGUGAAACUUCAGCAAGAGGAAUUGAACAAACACUCCCACAUGAUAGCAAUGAUCCACAGUUUAAGUGGUGGAAAAAUAAAUCCAGAAACUGUGAAUCUCAGUAUAUAGACAUUAUGGCAUUUUGGAAUUUGUAAUCUAAUGAUAUUUUUGAUGUAUUUAUCUAUUGGAGGGGGUGGGUAGGGGAGUUAAUUUGUGACUUCACAACAAUAAGUUACCUAAUUUAGUAAAGACCCUGAUCUGAUGUAUGUCUUUUAUUUGAUAGUUUGAAUAGAAAUUUAAAUUUUUAAGUUUUACUUUUUGUUUCUGGCUUUUAUUGCUUAAGGCUUUCUUUGGUUCUUACAUUAGAAAAUCAUUUUUAACUUUCAUUAUCAUUUUUCUAAGGUUCUUUCCUUUUUCUUAGUUGCUUUCUAUUCUGUAUUGCCUGUCUUAUUUAUUGUCAUUUGUGAUUAUUUAGAUCUUAAGACCAAACUUUCUUGAUAUAACAAUCCUAAAGAUUACAAAAUAAAAAUAUAAAGGGAGUGAAAGUAAAAAGUAAAGUUAAAAGAGAGAAGGUAUGAUAAUGCUAGAGAAGUUUUUCUCUGAAGAAGCAGAGAAGAGAAUAUUAGUGAAUUUAAAAUAAUUUUUAUUACUGCAUUUGAAAUGCGGUAACGUGUGGCAUAAUUUCUAAAUUUGAAAAAAAUGCAAUGGUAAUAAAAUGUAUGAAAAUUAGAAAA